AUGGAAUUCACCUUCACAUACCGGAGCGAUUACAGAUUCUCAUAUCAGAACAGCAGACAGAUAAGAAAACAGCAGGAAAGCCUAGUGUCGCUUAACCCGUUCAUUCUGCCGGCAACAGCAAGGAACAUGAAGGCGUAUGUGCUCCUCGCUGCCCUUCUCUCCUCCGCCCUGCUGCUGCUUCCCCCGGCUGCGAGUAAGUCCUUUGGCGAAGCGUGGGUGUUUAGGGCAAUGCGCUUGUGGCAAGUGAUUCGUGCGAAGGUGUGCAAGCAGUUCGUGAAGCCUCCUCCGCGCCCCGCCCCCUCCCCCGGCAGUAAGGGGUCCUCCAGCGCAGGUGCAGAAGGCCCUCAGGUGGAUCCUCGCUCGCAGGACUACGUCGGCUGGAAGCUGCUGAGGAUCUUCCCCUCCUCGCGCCCGCUCCUCACCGCCUUGGUCGCCUCCUUGAGAAACAGCUCACAGGCGGUGGUUGUGCAAGUGUCUCAGGAGGAACUGCUGGCGGACGUGGGUCUUCCGCCGAAAGCAUCUCUGGAGGGCGUCUUGUCGUCCGCCCUUCCCUCGCCGCUCCCACCCCUUCGCUCCCUCGACGCCCCGGACGCCGCCCACGUCACGCCGGGGAGAGAGGAUCAGCCGCGGGCGGAGAAGAAGCUGGAUGAGUGCCAAGGCGCGGAAUCACCUGCAGGAGAGGUGUCACUCACGCGGAGUAAGCGACGGUUCUCCUUGGACUUCCUGAACUGGAAAACACUCCCCGGCUUUGUCGAGGAAAAGGCUAAGCUGGAUGGUUCAGAACCGCUCGCGUGGGACGACUAUUACCGCUACGAUUCCAUCCGCCGAUUCGCACUGAACUUGUCCGCCAGUCUGCCGCACGUCGAAUACCUCGACAUCGGGAGGAGCUUCGAAGGGAGGCCGCUCUUUGCUCUCUGUUUCGCUUCCAAAGCCUCGGACAUGAAAAAACUAUUCAAGAAGAAACUCCUGAAGCUACGCAGGUUAAGAACGAAACGAGGUCGAGAUCCUGACCUUGCAGUCUUACAGAAGAGGAAUUUGGUGACAAGAAAAAGGAAAACUAGCAAACCAUACGUCUUAAUCGAAGCAGGCAUCCACGCCCGCGAGUGGAUAGCGCCGGCCGUGGCGACCUACCUGGCGCAGGAGCUGGCGACCUUAGGCAGAAAGUUCCUGAAGCGCGUCACGGUCAUCCUCGCCCCUCUGACCAACCCCGACGGCUACGAAUACACCCACACCACCGACAGGUACUGGCGCAAGAACCGGCGGACGACACCCACGCCCUCGUGCCCCGGCGUCGACCUGAACCGCAACUGGGGCGUCGGGUGGGGCGACCCCGAGGGCUCCAGCGGUGACCCGUGCUCCGAGGUAUACCGUGGCCCCGAGAGCUUCUCCGAGCCCGAGACCCAGGCACUCCGGGACUUGGCACUGGUCUGGAUGGAGAAGAUAAGGCUGUACGUCAGUCUCCAUUGCAUGGGGAGGGUCAUCUUGCACCCGUGGGGAUUCACGAGGGCGCCGAGCACGAAGCAGAGGCAGCUGGCGAGAAUUGCAAAGGUGAUGGCCAAGCAUCUCCAUCGCAAUAAUCAAACGUUCGUGUUCGGCCAAACGAGCCACGUGAUGUACACUGCCUCAGGAACGGUAGAAGAUUACAUGCACGGCGCUGGAGUGAAAUAUGCUUAUACACUCGAACUCCCUGAAGACAGUUUCGAACUCGAGCCAGAGAAGAUCAUCCCCAUAUCGAAAGCGGUUUGGAAUACCUUCUUAUGUACACUUGGUGAAAUUAUAAAGACGGAUGGAAUCAGAUCCUUUUGCAAGACGGAAAAAGCGACGGGAAAGCUGAGGAAGAAGCCAGCGACGAAGAGAAAGAAAACGUGAGGCGAGAUAGAAAACGGGAAUUCUUUAUGGGGAACUAUCGGAUUGUGAAUAUUUCAUGAUAUGUCUUCCUGUAAUUUUUUCGCAUGUUAAUAUCACUAUUUUGUGUAAACUAUAAUGAAUGAAAAAAUUAUUUGUCAUAAAUUUUCUGUUUCAUGGCACUUUUCACUUAUUCUUUGUUAAGAUAUAGAAGAAAUUAGAUGGGCAUUCCCAAGGGUGCAUUGUGUAGGUAAAUGUACAUAAUAGAGUAAUAUAUGAAAUGACAAA